UUUCUCUCUUUCCCUUUCUAUUUUAUAUACAUAAUGAGCGAUCAUCCUUUACCAAAGAAAAUAUUUAGUUAUAGUGACCAACCUGGUAAUUCUUCCAUUGUACAAACAACAUUAUUAGGUCAAGAAUUAUUAGAUCGUCCGUUACUCAACAAAGGCUCAGCAUUCACUCAAGAAGAACGUGCCAUCUUCAGCCUUAGCUGUCUUUUACCGUAUGAAGUGGAUACUUUGGAACAACAAGUACAACGUGUAUCUGAACAAUAUGAUUCUAUUGACACAAACCUUGGAAAAAACACCUUUCUACAAAGUAUUCAUGAUCAAAACGAAGUGUUAUUCUUUCGAUUUGUAUUGGAUCAUUUAGUAAAAGUCUUACCUGUCAUAUAUACACCUACUGAAGGCGAAUAUAUUGAAAAGUACUCACAUCUUUUCCGUCGUCCACGUGGUGUCUAUCUCAAUUACCCAGAAAAGGAAAGAAUUCAACAAAUGUUGAUAGAAGGUAUAUUACAGCAAAGCCUUGCAGCAGAUGAUGUGGAUUUAGUGGUUGUGACGGAUUCCGAAGAAAUACUUGGCAUUGGUGAUCAAGGUGUUGGUGGUUGUGGUAUCUCUGUAGCUAAACUUGUACUUUAUACGGUGAUGGCAGGUAUACAUCCUGGUCGAGUACUUGCAGUAGUUUUGGAUGUGGGAACUGAUAAUCAAACACUUUUGGAUGAUCCUCUUUAUCUUGGUUGGAAACAUAAACGUAUCCGAGGUCAAGCAUAUGAUGAUUUUGUGGAUUUCUUUGUAGAAUGUGUUCGUGGCAAAUUCCCAAAUGCCUUUCUUCAUUGGGAAGAUUUUGGUCUUUCGAAUGCUCGACGACUCCUAGAUACUUAUCGACCGAAAAUGGCUACUUUCAAUGAUGAUGUACAAGGCACAGGUGCUAUCACUCUUGCUCUUCUCUUGGCUGCUCUUCAAUUGCAAAAUGUAUCGUUAUCUAAUCAAAGGCUAGCGAUUUUUGGUGCUGGUUCGGCUGGUAUUGGCAUCGCUGAUCAGGUGCGACGUUAUCUUGUACAAAAAGAAGGAUUAUCUGAAAAUGAAGCUCUGAAACGGAUUUGGUGUAUUGACAAACAAGGAUUAUUAAUGGAACACGACAAAGAAGUUUCCAAAGUUCAACAAACUUAUGUGAAAAACAAAGGUGAUAUUCAAUCAUGGACAAUGGAAAGUGAACAGCCUCAAAUUUUAGAUGUCAUUAAAAACGUUCAACCUACUAUAUUAAUUGGGACUUCUACAUGUAGUGGUGCAUUCACGGAAAAGCUGAUCAAAUCUAUGGCAUCCUAUUGUGAUAUACCGAUUGUAUUUCCAUUAUCAAAUCCAACGCAAUUGACUGAAGCAACUCCAAAUGACAUUAUACACUGGACCAAUGGAAAAGCAAUCGUGGCAACCGGGUCACCCUUUGAGGAUGUGGAAUACAAUAAUCGGAUAUAUGAAGUUACGGAAUGCAACAACGCGUUUAUCUAUCCAGGGAUUGGUUUAGGUUGUAUAGUAGCAAAGGCUAAACAUUGUACGGAUGAUAUGAUAUUUGCGGCGGCUAAUGCUAUUUGUCAUUGUUCACCAGCAUUCCAGUCUAAGGAUCUAACAAAAAGUCUUCUUCCAGAUAUUAAAGAUAUACGAUUGGUUUCCAAGAAGGUGGCCAUGGCUGUAGCGAAAGAAGCAAUGGAGUCUGGGGAAUCAAGACGGGACGAUAUCAAAACGAUGGAUGCUUUAGAAAAAAUGGUGGAUGAUUAUAUGUGGUAUCCUCAAUAUCCUUCAUAUACAUAUAUAAGUAGUUUAUAAUGUUAGGUCUAUCUUUUUUUUUUUUGAAAUAAAACUGAAUUCUAUUUUACUGUCUUUUUU